GCUCCUCAGACUGGUGUAGCAUCAAGUUCUCCAAGGUGUGAGCGGUAUGCGACAGACAGACACGGUUUCAACCUGCAAGCCUCUUGUCGCUUCUAGAUUGGUCUACAAGCCUCGUAAGCCUCGUAUUUCUGCAGACCCCCACGACCCCUACCCCGCACCAUCACAAAGAACAGCCUCAGGGUCAGGGUCAGGGUUAACCGUACAGCGAGGAAUUAACAAAGCAACACAUCGAUUGCGUCGGAGUCGCGACUGAUUUCGAGACUUUGAAGGAUAUAGAGGGUUUCUAUGAUAUAUUGAAAAUCGUGUACAGACUUACAGCACGAGAGCUCAGUGCAUAGACGAGAUAGACAAGAAAACAACGCCGAGGGCCUCGGCUCAUCAAACAGCAUGUCAAUAGCAUACUUCAAUCAGCCAUCUUCCUCCCAGAGACUACUCAAUCAAACACCAAAAUGUCGUCCACAGAAGUCCCCAACGACAUCAUCCUCUUCCACUACCCCUUUUCUCCCUUCGCAAAGAGAAUAGUCUGGUAUCUCAAACUCCGCAACAUCCCCUACGCCGAAUGCAUCCAACCCCUCACCCUCCCACGCCCCGACCUCGCCGAACUGGGCAUCAACUACCGCCGCAUCCCCCUCCUCUCCAUCGGCCGCGACAUCUACUACGACACCCGUCUAAUCCUAGCCCGACUGGAAAAAAGCUUCCCAGCUACUCCCUCAUAUCCAGCUCUAUCGGCGCCCCAAAACAAAGGCUUGGAAGCUCUGCUUGAGAAGUUUACCGUUGAUGCUGGAAUCUUUUCAAAGGCGGCGCAGUCGCUGCCGCCGGAUUUGCCGGUCAUGAAAGACGAGAAGUUUUUGAAGGACAGAGAGGAUUUUACGGGUACUUCUUGGACGCAGGCGGAUCGUGUAAAGGGUUAUCCCGAAGCAUUGGCACAUAUCAAGCACGCGUUUGAUAUCCUCGAAGCUUUGCUAGCCGACGGGAGACAGUGGAUCGGAGGCACGGAAAAAGUCAGUCUGGCAGACAUCCACGCCGUGUGGCCUUUCAAUUGGAUCGCAGAUAUGCUACCCAAGCAAGCCUUCCCCAAAGACCAACACCCAAACACUUGGGCAUGGCUAAAUCGUUUCAAGAAAACAGCCAAGGAAGCAGAAAAGUCGGGGAAAAAGACGGUGUCGUUGGACGGUCAGGCCGCAAUCAAACACAUCAUGGCUGCAUCUUAUCACGAUCAACAAACCGGUGUGGACGCCCAAGAUCCCGUCAAACUCGAAGAAGGCGAUCUUGUCUCACUCUGGCCCACGGAUAGCGGCUUCCGACACAAGGAUCAAGGUCGCCUUGUCAAGCUAACCAAAGAUGAAGUGGUACUUGCCAUACAGACCAGAACUGGCGGUAAAGAAAUCAGAGUUCAUGCGCCGAGAUGGGGCUUCAGGGUUGUCAAAGCAAAGGCGCAACUGUAG